ACUAUGCACCUUUAAAACUAACUUUAACCAGUCAAAACAUUAUUUAUUAAUGGCCUAUAUGUAAAAAGAUCAGCAUGGAAAAUGAAAAUAGUUUGUUUUCUAAUCCAUCCUUGUGUGAGUUUAGAGCUGGAGCGUGACGGUUUCUGCCAGAAUCCCUUUUUCGAAUGCCUCGUUGCAGAAGUUACUGAGGAGCAUAAAUCCAAAGAAGGCUGUACAGUGGUUGGAUACGCGCUGUACUUUUACACCUACAGUACAUGGAGAGGACGAUCGGUGUUUCUGGAAGAUCUGUACGUCAUGCCAGAAUUCAGAGGCAACGGCAUUGGGAAAGGAUUAUUGUGCAAAGUUGCUGAGGUGGGAAGAAAGAAGGAUUGUGUGCGGCUGCAGCUGUCGGUGCUCGACUGGAACACUCCCUCUAGAGACUUCUACGCUGCUAAAGGAGCUCAGGAUCUGACUGUCAGCGAAGGCUGGCACUUCAUUCGCUUUGAUGGACAGAACCUGGAAAAUUUAGCAAACGAAGCUCCUAAAGAUCUAUAAUUAAACUACCCCAUACUUUAAUUUCUGAAAUAUAGAUAAAUUCAGGUAAUCCACAUUUGAUUUAUCCAGGUUUUCACCAACAGAUGUUUGCAAAUGCUGCUACAUCAAGUGGCUAAUUAAAUGGCUGUUAUAAUUAUUAAUUUAAAAUUUGCUGCCCAAGUGAUUUUAUUUUUCAUUUUGCUAUCCUUUUUUUAUUACCUCACAGUCAUAAAUGUGUAUAUUGUUGAGGAGUAUCAGAAUAUAAUAGAUAACGAGAACCCUUUAUUGGCGCACAGCAAAUGUGGAGUGAACUGUUAUCCAUUAAAGUUGCUUUAAAAAUCUCUUUAUAAAAAAAAAAAAAAAAAAAGGUUUUUAAAGCAACUUUGCUCAAUAAAAAGUCAAACAUAUAGGAAGAGAUGGCCAAAUGGUUUGACAAAGGAAUGACUGUAAAUUCGCAAGCUGCACAUCAGCCAAUUUUUUGCAUCCCAAUAACGACUUUAUAUUAAUUGCGUUCCCCUCGGGAAAUAAGAGGACCUGGGAGCAGAUAAAAAUAAAACAAU